CAUCAUCUUCUGCAGACCUCCAUCUUUCUCUCUCCUGCAGCAGUACUCAACAUUUCUCAACUUUCACCUCUCAUCUUCUCUCUCCUUCACCCUACAUACCCCCCAUCUUCUUCCUCACAGCAACCACAUUCUCCUUCUCUCUCCUCCAUCCUCCCUACUAUUAUUUAUUGAAGGCUGCUUAUUGAUGGUAUCUUAAUUCUUUUUUCCCUCUUCUUCUUCUUCCCUUCUUCCUUCUCUAGCAGGAGUACAUUUUUUUGCCAGCCUUCCUUCCUGCAGUACUAGUGCUCCCUCCCCUUCUUCUUCUCUGGCUACUUCCUCUCCUCCUCCCCCCUUCUUUCCCUUCUUUUCCCUCUCCUCCUUUCCUCCUCCACUCUCUAUCUCUCUGAGGUCCGCAUCUCUCCUCUUUCCAGUUGUCCUCGCCUCCCAUCUUUUUCACCUGUCCCUCAUGUACUGAUCGUCUCAUCACCUCCAUUCCCCAGUGGUAACACGGGGCGACGCGCACGAGUGCGCGUGUGCGGGAGCAGGAGCUCUUAGCAUGCAGCAGCAGCAGCACGGGGGAGGGGGAGGAGGAGGAGGAGGCGGCGGCGGUGGAGGUCCGGCGCAACAGUUCGGCGCGCAGCAGGUGGAGAUGCCGCCGCCAUUCUCGCCGGCCGGCGGCGCCGGGCAGCGGAUCUCGCUGGCCGAGGCGCCGUCACCCAUCAGCAGCCGGCCGCCUGCGCCGGCGCAGCAGCAGUACGACGAGCUCGGCGUAUCCAGCGCCGGCGCCGGGGGCUUCGACGCCGAGGGCCUGGCGGCCGCUGCCGCCGGCGAGGAGGGCGCCAGCGGCGGCUCCGCGGGCAACCGGUGGCCGCGGCAGGAGACGCUGGAGCUGCUCAAGAUCCGGUCGGAGAUGGACGCCGCCUUCCGGGACGCCACCCUCAAGGGCCCCCUCUGGGAGCAGGUCUCUAGGAAGCUGGCCGAGAAGGGGUACACCCGGAGCGCCAAGAAGUGCAAGGAGAAGUUCGAGAACGUGCACAAGUACUACAAGCGCACCAAGGAGAGCCGCGCCGGCCGGAACGACGGCAAGACGUACCGCUUCUUCACGCAGCUCGAGGCGCUGCACGGCACCGGCGGGGCGGCGCAGGCGGCGUCGUUCGUGCCCCCGGCGACCUCUGUCGGGUUGUCGUCCUCCGGCGCGGCGAGGCCCUCGGCCCUGCGCGUGCCUGCCGAGCCGCCGCCUGCCGUGGCGAUCGGCGGCGCGGGGAUGCCGAUGGCCCUGGGCAACCAGAUGAGCUUCUCGACGUCCAACACGGAGGAUUACUCCGAUGAGGAGGACUCAGACGACGAGGGCACCCAGGAGCUGGGUGGCGGCGCGGACGAGCGGGGCAAGAGGAAGAGGGUGUCGGAGGGCGGCGCCGCCGCCGGCGGGAGCGGCAGCGGCAGCGGCAGCGGGAGCGGGAAGAUGAUGCGGUUCUUCGAGGGCCUGAUGAAGCAGGUGAUGGAGCGGCAGGAGGCGAUGCAGCAGCGGUUCUUGGAGGCCAUCGAGAAGCGCGAGCAGGACCGCAUGAUCCGGGAGGAGGCGUGGCGGCGGCAGGAGAUGACGCGGCUCGCGCGCGAGCAGGAGAUCCUCGCGCAGGAGCGGGCCAUGGCUGCCUCCCGCGACGCCGCCGUGCUCUCCUUCAUCCAGAAGAUCACCGGGCAGACCAUCCCGAUGCCGUCCAUCGCUGCGCCCACCAUCAACGCCAUGCCGCCGCCGUCGCAUCCGAGGCCACCGCCGCCCCAGCCGCACCCCACGCCCAUCGCCUCCGCCUCGCCAGCAGCCACGCCGGCGCCGGCGCAGCCACCAGCCUCGCAGCCUCCGCCCGCGCAACAACCACAGCCCUCGCUGCCGCCGCAGAGGUCGCCAAUGCCGGCCACGCCGCAAACGCCAGCACCACCGCAGCAGCAAAGCACGGACAUUGUCAUGACGCCGGCCGAGACGGCGGCGCAUGCCGAUACCCCCGGUUACGACGGGUCCGGCGGCGGCGCGACGUCGUCCCGGUGGCCCAAGGCGGAGGUGCACGCGCUGAUCCAGCUGCGGAGCAACCUGGACACGCGGUACCAGGAGGCCGGGCCCAAGGGGCCCCUCUGGGAGGAGAUCUCCGCCGGCAUGCGGCGGCUGGGCUACAACCGGAACGCGAAGCGGUGCAAGGAGAAGUGGGAGAACAUCAACAAGUACUUCAAGAAGGUGAAGGAGAGCAACAAGAAGCGGCCCGAGGACUCCAAGACGUGCCCCUACUUCCACCAGCUCGACGCGCUCUACCGCAACAAGGCGGCGCUCAGCUCCUCCGGCGCCGGCGCCGGACCAGCCGCCGUGCACGCCAGCAGCGCACCGUCGACACAGGCGCCGGAGACGGUCAAGGUGACGGCCGCGGCGCCCAUCUCACAGACUCCGCCACCGCCGACACUGCCUUCCCAGUCGUCCCAGCACGCGGCCAAGAACGGCGGCGGCAGCAACGCCGCUGCUGGCAGCGGCAACGGCAACGGCGGCGGCGCGUCGGAGCACGGCACCAGCGGAGGCGGCUCCGGGGGCAUGCAAGCGCAGGCGAGCAACGGCAGCGUUGCGGCCAGCAGGUUCUUCGGAGAUGGCGGCGGCGGCGGCUCGGCCUCGGCGGCGAAGAAGCCAGAGGACAUCAUGAAGGAGAUGAUGGAGCAGAGGCCGCAGCCGCAGGCGGUGGUCAGCGGCUACAACAGAAUCGACGGCGCGGACAGCGACAACAUAGACGAGGAUGAGGACGACUACGACGACGAUGACGACGACGAAGACGACGUCGACGGCAACAAAAUGCAGUACGAGAUCCAGUUCCAGCAGCGGCAGCACCAUCACCACCACCACCAACAGCCGCAGCAGCAGCACCAGAACGUGGUCAGGCCGAACGCCGGCGGCGGCGGCGCCGGCAAUCCGCCCGGCACCACCGCUCCCAGCACGGCCGCGGCCGCGACAACAACAGCCGGAUCUUUCUUGGGCAUGGUCCAGUGAUCGAUCCGGCCAUCCGCUCCCCAAACAUUUUCACCCCCGGUGAUUCUCAUCUCCUCUCAUCAAUGGCUUCCAUUUCUCUCUCAUGUACCUUUUGUAUCUACCUACCUGUCGCCUCCAUGCUCGUCUAUAUCUCUACACCUCAAAACCUCAAAACCUCAACAGCUCUCCCCCUCUUCCAAGCUCCGGCAGUUCUCUUCCUCAUGCACGCAGCGACACCUCGAUCAAUGUCGUCGUCGUCGUCGCUGCCACAUACCCGCACCAUAUCCUCCUAUUUCUUGAUUCGUUGCUGUGUUAAAUUACAGUGGUCGCCUCUUAGGUGUUACAGUAAAAAAAUUGGUGGUGAGAUGUGGUUAUUUAUUGAUUUGUUGUGGUAAUUAAUAAGAACCCUCAAGCAUUGGGGUGUUCACGGAGAGGUUGAAAAUUUGGUGCGGUGAAAACGGCACGUGAAGGCGGUAAUAAGGGCUCCAUCGCGCGGUUAAAGAGAACAAGCAGACAAGGUGGCAAAAAAAAAAAAAGGGAGGCAGAUGACGCAGUGCAUGUACGCACUGUUACUGGGUAAAUUUUGUGCAUGCGACUACUACUCUACAGUGGGGUAGAUUGUUGCAUGGGAGCAGUGAAAAAGUUAUGGAAAGGACUUGCUCGACAUGGGCAUGAACAAGAAGAGCCAGAGCUGGUGCAUGCGGGAGUUUUUCAUUAUCCUUCCUUAUUUUCCCUUUUCAUUUUCAACAUUUCUUUUAUAUUUUUCCAACCAAGUAAACUGUCCAUUACGAAUUACCUAAGUUUUUUCUUUCUUUCUCAAACUGUUGUUACCGAACUUUUACAGUGUAUACAUGAGACAUAUUAUAUGUUAUAUUCUUGUUAUUAUCGUACCAUAA